AUGACAUUGCGUGACGCACUUGUCCGCCACAAGCCAUUUGUUGAGUGCAAGUCCAGGGACACGAAGAACUCCAAGGGCGUGAAAUGGCCGCGCCCGUCGAUCCGUGUGUGGGACCAAUUCACCAUGGCCACGCUCAACGAAAGCUACGGCCAUAUCCUCGAUCAACCUCUGCCCGAUGAGUACACCAACAAACUCCCGCCCACGAGCAGCCUCAAUAACCUCGCCGUUGAAAACGACGACGGCCCAAAAACCUUGCUGGCUUGGAACGAUGACACGGUGCUUCCGCUUGUCAAGUGGUCCAAACAGACCAUGGGCCUUCACACUGGUAUGGCCAUCCGCCACUCCUAUUCGGACGCCAGCGGCGAGAAGGUGGCCAAAAUACCACGGAACGACUGUAAGAAGACCGUCAUUGAUCACAUCAUUGGUCUGGGCAAUGCCGGAAAAGAUACGCUCGUGGUGGGCCUUGGACGGACCAGUAGUAAGUGGAGGGCCAGCACACUUUUUGGAAAUCUGAAUCCCUCGGUUGAGGAGAGACGAUGGCCACUCCGCCAGCUUGCGAACCUCUGCAGGGCAUCGGAGACACGGUAUGGCUACAUCCAAACCGACGACGAGCUCGUGGUAUGCUGCUUUGGCUCCCGAGGCACACAAGUCCAGCGGGGAGAAACGCGAUAUACCGACACCACAUGGACCGACUGGACCGUGGCAUUUAUGCCGGUUCCUUGGAACACCGAGCUCAGCAAGGGCGCGCGGCACGAUGUCAUGACAACAGAGCUGGCCCUGUGGUGGCUCUGUAUGCUUUCUCUCAGCGACGGCCACCGCGCCCUAGUCGACACAGAGGAUAUUGUGCCCAUUAAUGCCUGGGACAUUGUCUGGCUGGACGAAGACCGUGGAUGGAUCCGCCGUCACCGAUACUCGGCUGUGGAGGAACCAACAGAUGCGCCGCCGCCGCCGCCGUACGAGACACCCGAGGUCGACAAUGCGGCCGUCUUUGCCGCACAGGUUGGGAUCAAUGGUGAAUCCCACUUUGCUCUGGACUCAUUAGACGAGUUCUUUAACUUCGGCCCCGUCGCAGUUGGACAGGAGGCUGUGCCUGCCGGGGAGGUGGUGCAGCCGAACGGUGGCUAUGACGGCACCCUUAUCAAUGUCGAUGUCGAUGUCGAUGAACAAGUGCGACAAGACAAUGAUCUUGCAUAG